AUGGGUUUGUUCCACCUCUUGCUAGUCACCCUGGUUUUCUUAAGUCCUGGCAGGGAUUGCUCUAUUCAUAAUUUACUUCAUCAUCUAAAAAGUGAGCUUAAAUUUGAAUAUGCCUUGCUAUUGGGCAACUCGGAUUCGAUUUGGGUAGAUGUUUUGUGGCAUUUUGCAGUUCCUGUAAUCCAAAUAGAAGGGAAUCAUAAGGUAGACUAUAAUUUGGGAAAAAAUCAUUCCCACAACGUUCUCGCAAUAGCUUUUCUUAAUGAUUCCCCUGAGGAAGUACUAGAUAUCUUACACAUAAAUCUACGAAUGCUAAAUACUCGGCCAGUGCUUUUGGUUCUUAGGAAAAGGACAAUGCGAGUAUAUCCCAUGUUGGAAUGGUGUUGGAACCAUAAACUACUUAAUGUCGUGGCUAUCGCACCAGAUUUCAAGGAGUCUUUGAUUGUCUACAGCUACACACCGUUUCCCAUCUUGCAGUUCAUUGAAAGACGAUUGGAUGAUAGUACCAAAAUAUUCGAAUCACGUUUGGAAAACCUUCAUGGCUAUCGAAUGCCCAUUGUAUUGGGAGGAUCUACCCCUCGUUUGAUUGUCUAUCGUGGCUUGGAUGGGAAAUUGAUAUUCUCAGGACUUGUGGGCAAUUUCAUGCUCAGUUUUGAACAGCGAUUUAAUUGUAGACUGAUUCAGCCAUAUCCUUUUGAUGAGUCAGUUACAACGCCGUCUCGGGAACUCAUUGUGGCUGUCAGAAAUGGUAGUGCCCAAAUUGCACUGGCGGCUACGUAUGCUCUAGUACCAUUUACCGGAUAUUCGUACCCCUUUGAACUGCUGAGCUGGUGCCUCAUGAUGCCAUUACCAGCGGAGGUUCCUCAUAGUCAGCUUUAUAGCAUGGUAUUUAGUCCCACGGCAUUUUGGAUCACUCUCCUUGCCAUGGUGAUAAUUUCAUUGACUUUAUCCAUGGCUCUUCGGCUCCAUGGCUAUAGAGUCACUUUUAGUGAGUACUUCCUACAUGAUAGUUGCCUAAGGGGAGUCCUGUCGCAGACCUUUUACGAGGUUCUUCGAGCCCCGCCCUUGGUGAGGGCUAUUUACCUGGUGAUCUGUGUACUUGGACUGAUGAUUACCUCCUGGUACAACUCGUACUUCUCAACCUUUGUGACCAGCGCUCCAAGACUACCAGCCCUCAGCAGUUAUGAGAGUAUCAAGCGAUCGACUACAAAAGUUGUGAUCUGGAAACCGGAAUAAGAAAUGCUUCUCCACUUGUCGGAAAGUAUGAAGAAGUAUUCGCCCAUCUUUCAGUUGCACAAGGACUAUAAGGAGUUCUUGCAUUUGCGGGAUUCCUUCGACACCAGAUAUGGUUACAUGAUGCCACUAGAGAAGUGGUCACUAAUGAAGGAGCAACAAAGGGUAUUCAGUUCGCCAUUAUUUAGUCUGCAGGAGGAUCUGUGCGUCUUUCAUACGGUCCCUAUAGUGUUUCCCCGAGCGAAUAAUACGGUAUUCAAGGAACCUUUGGAUCGUCUCAUUUUGGAUGUGACCGCAACAGGACUUCUCAGCCACUGGCGUGAUAUGGUCUUUACUGAAAUGAUCAAGGCAGGACAAUUGAAACUUGAAGAUCGAGGUCACCCAAAAGAAUUUCGUGCUAUGAAGGUGAAGGACUUGGAACAGAUUUGGCGAUGUUGGGGAUAUAUGCUUGGCCUGGCCACAUUCGUAUUUCUGCUUGAGUUGAUUUGCUUUUGGCGUCAUAAAAUCUGGUCAAAAGUUAGAAAU